AUGGAUGUGAGUCUUGAUACCCAUCACUAUGGGAACACCCUCCCCAUGCAUGCUACCGUUGUCUCUGCCCUCUGCAUGCACAUUCAUCCUUCCACUCAUCAACGCCCACAACCACUUGACACCAAGCUCGCCAUGCUCUUGGACAACGGUGUCGGGCCAGAAGCUGAAGAUCACCACCGAGCCAAGUCCGGAAGAGCUCAGCAUUGCGCUCUCUUCAGUCACCCGCCAGCUGAUUUGCACUGCUCCCUUCUGAUACUGUGUCUUGACCACCUCGGCUGCUCCCGGACAAGCACCACCGAGCCAAGUCCGGCAGAGCUCAGCAUUGCGCACAACCCCGACUUGGCAGCCGGCCUACCUAUCCGGCCGUCCUGGCAGCUUGACCAGCUCAGCACAAUCAACUACCCGUCCAUCCUCAAGUCCAGCAACCUCCUCGAAGAAGUCCUUGUCGGAUUGGACCUCGAAGACUCCCCUUAA